AUGGCAUAUGAAAAAACUAGUAGAGAUCCAAACCAGUGGGCGAAGUGGUUGGAGGAAAUCGAACAGGAGGAAGUUGCUAAUGAAUGGUCAGAAUCUAGCUCAGAAGACGAAGAAAUAGAUGAGGUGGAACAAGAAAUUCAUGAGUCUGACACAGAACAAGAAACGGAUGAUAUUCCAGAAGAGCAUAACAUCGAACAAGAAUCUGAAAGAAGCGAAAUACAGAAUGAACGACUGCAUGAGGCAACACGUUCUGGACCUUAUUACAUAGGUAAAGACGGUAAAAGUAGGUGGGAUAGUAUGGUGCCUGCUACGUCACGCACUAGACUUCACAAUAUAGUCGUGAAAGUACCCGGUCCUCUCGGAGCUGCCAGAAACGCCAAAACAGUAUUGGAAUGUUUUCAUGUUUACGUGAGCAAUCCUAUGAUAGGUUUCAUCACAAACUAUACCAAUAUAAAGAUUCGGACACUCCAAGAAAAGUAUACACGUGCAAGAAAUGCUAAACCUACAGAUGAAUGCGAAAUGGAAGCAUUUCUUGGAAUUUUAUACAUAACAGGUGUUCUAAAAGAAGGUAGACUAAAUACUGAAGAUAUUUGGAGUAAUGAUGGGACUGGGGUAGAACUCGUUUAUUGCACAAUGUGCCGUGCUAGAUUCAAAUUUUUAUAUCGUUCUAUUCGAUUUGACGACAUCCGUGACAGGCCUGAAAGACGCGAAUUGGACAAACUAGCGCCUAUACGAGAGCUGUUUGAAUUCUUUGUGAACAAUUGCUCUUCGUCAUAUAUGCCAAGCAGUUUUCUCACUGUUGACGAACAACUCAUCGCAUUUAGAGGGAAAUGCCCAUUUAGACAAUACUUACCGUCCAAACCAGCCAAAUACGGCAUAAAGCUUUUUUUGCUUGUGGAUCCGAAAACGAUGACGACUAUCAAUCUCGAAGUUUACUGUGGUAAACAGCCAGCUGGUCCCUACAUGGUAUCGAAUUCGCCUAGUGACGUUGUCAAAAGACUUGUUCAACCGAUAAAAAACACUAACAGAAAUGUCACAAUGGACAGAUGGUUUACCAGUUUUCCUUUGGCCAUGGACCUCCUCACAGAAUUUAAACUAACUGUACUUGGAACCAUAAAAGCUAAUAAACGGGAAAUUCCACCAUGCCUAAUACCUACAAAAGGAAGAGCAUUAGAAAGUUCGAUGUUUGCUUUCCGGACAGAAUGCACGCUUGUGUCUUUUGUACCAAAAAAAAACAAAAAUGUUCUGAUGCUUUCAACGAUGCAUCAUUCAGAUGAAAUCGACAAAGAUACCAAUAAGCCAGCCAUGAUUGUAGAUUAUAAUCACACAAAGUAUGGCGUCGAUGUGGUGGAUAAAAUGUGUGUUAUGUACAAUGUGACUAGAACUACUAGAAGAUGGCCUUUGACAGUCUUUUUCGACAUACUCAACAUAGCAGGAAUAAAUGCUUUGAAUUUAUAUGUGACUAAUGGUAAACUUCAAAAGCUGGCUAGACGAAAUUUUUUGAAAUGCCUAUCAUUAGAACUUGUUAGGCCUUGCAUAAUUCGCAGAAUUUACAAUAAGAAUGUACCAAGACCUAUUCGCCAGAAGGCACGGAAUAUGCUAGGAAUACAAGAAGCUCCUAAUAAUCAAGACGAAAACGUUCGAGAGAGAAAAACAGGUCGCUGCAUUAUAUGUCCCCGAAAAGACGACAAAAAGACCACAGUGAGAUGUGGCGAAUGUCGAAAUUUUGUCUGCAAAAAUCAUCAACAUGCUAUAUGCGCUAGAUGUUAUAAAAACGACAGUGGCGAGAGUAGCGAGCAAGGGGAUGAAUAA